AUGUCCUUGGUCGAGCUCUUGGGCAGCUCCUUGCUGGCGAAUGGCUGUGCGAAAGACACGUCCGAGGCCUUGAAGAAUGCCAAGGCUGUCGCACUGUACUUCAGUGCCCACUGGUGCCCUCCGUGCCGCGGCUUUACGCCAAAGCUGGCGGAGUGGUACAAGAAGGAUUUGCAAGGCAAAGGCUUGGAGAUCGUCUUCGUCUCCGCCGAUCGAUCCGAAGAAGAGUUCAAGGAGUACUUUGCGGAAAUGCCUUGGCUAGCCCUGGACUUCUCUCAGAAGGAGGUCAGCCAGAAGCUGAACAAGAAAUUCAAGGUUAGUGGCAUUCCAACGCUGGUUAUUGUGGACCCGAGUGGCCAACUGAUCACGUCUGAUGGCCGUCAAGCCAUCGCAAUGGAUCCGGAGGGGAAGAACUUUCCCUGGAUUCCGCCGAAGCCAUCUGAUCUCCUCCAACAGAUGAAGUUGAAGAGCGCAUCACAUGCAGCGGACGGUGUGGGUCACGUGUCCCUGAACGAGGCUAUGCAAGGAAAGAAGGCGCUCGCAUUGUAUUUCAGUGCUCAUUGGUGCCCUCCAUGUCGUGGGUUCACUCCGAAACUCGCCGAGUGGUACAAGAAGGACCUCAGUGCCAAAGGCUUGGAGGUCGUCUUCGUGUCGUCGGACAAAGACCAGAGCCAGUUCGAUGAGUACUUCAAGGAGAUGCCCUGGCUGGCCCUGGACUUUGCUGACAGGGACUUGAAGGAGCAGCUAUCGCAAACUUUCAAAGUGGAUGGCAUCCCAAGCCUUGUGGUUCUGGAUGCGAACUUGGACGUCGUGACGCUCAAAGGGCGUGAAGCAGUGUCUGAAGACCCGGAGGGCCACAGUCUGCCGUGGUACCCCAAACCUGUGCAGAACCUGGCAGCUGGUCCUGGUGACAUCGAGGACGUGCCGACUGUGGUGGUUUUCUGCGAAUCCAGCAGCAAGCCGGAGCAGCAAGAGGUCGAAGAUGCUCUCACUGCCGUGUCUUCAAAGUUCAUUGAGCAUCAGAAGGCUGCGAAGGAAAGUUCGCCUGAGGUGGCCUUCAUGAUCGCCACGAAAGACUCUGAACUGACAGGUCAUCUUCGCAGCCUGCUGAGCUUGACGAACGGUGACGCUGGCAAGCCGUCUAUGUCCAUGGUGCUGAUAGACAUCCCGAGUGAUGGAGCAUACUUCGUCGCGGAAGCUGGACCAAUAACGGUGGCAUCCAUCCAGGGAUUCGUGGACGCUUGGAAGUCAGGCCAGCUUGAGAGGAAGCAGCUCGGAUGA